AUGCUUAAUCUGAAAUUCUGGACCAAUACACCUGCCUGUCAUCUCCUUAAGCAGCACAUUCUUCAAGUUACUCAGCCAAAGCCUCUGGCCACACAAAUAGAGGCACUACAAGACUCAGAUUGGAUUGAUGAUCUCUUCCUUGAGUCUGAACAGCAUCCUGUGCUCCUGAAAGCUCUCCCUAUUGAUGGCAGUAUCACUGAACCAGAGUCAGAUGAACUGAUUCCUCUCCCAUUGAAAGCAGCAACACCUCUCCUGUCUAAAACUCUCCCUAGUGAUGACAGUAUCAUGGAACUGGAGUCAGACAAUGUUACACCUCUCCCAUCUAAAGCUCUCCCUAGUGGCGAUGAUAGUGUCACAGAGCCAGAAUCAGAUGAACCAGGACAGUGCACAGUGCCCUCAAAGACUCUCCCAAGCAAUGACAGCAUCACAGAACUGGAAUUGGACAAAGUUGCACCUCAACCAUUGAACAUUGCACCUCUACCAUCAAAAGCUCUUCCCAGCGACAAUGAUAGUGUCAUGGAACCAGAAUCUGAACCCACUACACCUAAACCUAUUGCUCCCAAGCUCAACUGGAAGUGGUUUGCAACACCAAGUCCACCCCCUCCAGACUCAAUCUAUUGGAAGUAUUUCACUCAGGAGGAAGAUGCACACAUGUAUGAUUGUUCUGGGACAGAUAAGUCCUUUCAGGCUGUGUGA